UGGACGUGGUUAGUUAGUGGCGACACAGACUAUCACAACAAAUUUCGCGCCUUCUGUACGUAAAUACGCGGAGCGUGCGUGUCGGCUAACGAUGCUCGGCGCGUGUUUACAUUAGUGCGAACGAGCGCGGGUUUUUGUGUUGUAUGGUAUGUAUUGUGCCGGUUGAAAAAAAAACGGUGAAGUUUAAUCUAACGCAAAGGAAUACUAAUAAUAAUCAGCUUUCAAUGUAAAACCAAAAAGCAUUGUGACGUAUAAAAAAAUCCCAGCUCAGUGAAAGUGUCGUUACAUUGAUAACCUGCACGAGCCACAGCAAACAGCAGUAUGUGAGUGUACAAAAUGCCAUUAAACGAAAGAAUGUAAGGUCAAGUGUCGUGUGUCGUGGUAAAAGGUUGGCUCCAGUGCAAAAGAAAAUAAUAAUGUUAUCAAGCGUUCGGUCCCCUCGAAUCGGGUUCAGCCCGUCAUGUGCCUGUGCUGAUGGAAUCAUCCGAGAUUAAUCACAUUAAUCGUCCCGAGAAUUGAUGCAGUGCCGGUGCCAGCGAGUUGGAUUACUUACAGUGUAUUUACGGUGCGAUUGGAAUGAUCUACCGUGACGUGGCGUAUGUGGAAAAAGUGUAUUCUCUGUGUUCUAUUACAGCGAGUGUGAUGCUGCGGCUGAUGAGUCAAAGAUCAAAGCGACCUUUUCCAGCGCCGAAGUCGAAUUGUACGCGCGGAAUGUAGUUCUUGUGCAGUGAAAAACAAAAAAAAAAGGUUUACGAAAAUUUUUGAAUUUUGUAAAGCAAAAAGGCGAAGGAAGUCUGCAUGUCAGACAAGCAUGAAGUGUGCGAAGUGAAACAAAAACAUCCAUCCAUUUGCUGUACGAAUCGCCGGCAUCGUCGUCUAUCGUGGCGGCGAAGAAACUGGGGAGGAAUAUACACCUCCAAAUAAUGGCGUAAAUAAGACCAGUUUAAGCAACUUCACCAAGCGUACACUUCGUCAGCCGUCUGUAAAUUAUGACGGGCAUUUCAAGUGUGACACAAACCAACAGUAAAAACCCCUUUUCUUCACCACAACAACAACACCAACGACCACAACACGAAAAACGAUGAUAUUCUGCGACAUUUCCCGUGCCUCCUAAGAACACUGCUCACAUCCGUUGUGGAUAUUUUGUGGUUAUCAGCAUUGGCUCUAAUAUUGUUUAACAUUAUCACUCACUUCAGCACGCUUCCUCUCGCCCAAACCCGGUACCAUGACCGUUCCUUGCCGAUUACCAUAUUUCCUUCAGCUAUAUUUUAUUUGUACCGUUGGACUGGCCUCGCCCGGUGGUCUGGAAACGAAAGAGCACCGUCGGUCGGACUACCCGGAGCAUGUAUCCGCUGCGUUGCCGCGCAAAGAUACCGCAUUGGAACAGUAUAAAUCACCGCCAUUCGAUGGCAAUAGCCAGCGGCAGUCGCCUUUCAAUCGGCAGGCUCACCUACCACCGGACGCAGGGAACCGAUGGGAUGUUCCAUUCAAUCCCGCACCGGACCGGGAAAGCCGUAAAUCGCACGAAUCGCUCGUCCUCCCCUUCGCAACGGUACCAAAGGGUGAGCUGCAUGCGGUCCGUAAGUCGGAAAACAAUCACGCGGAAAUGAAACUUGCUCCUCGUCAACGGCCAGGAAGUGACGUUAUUGAAAAGAGGGAUGAUGAUGAUGAUGAUGAUGGCGAUGGUGAUGGUGCUCAAAAGCCGGCCCGUAUGCUUGACGACCGGCGGCCCGUCCGGGAUGAUGACGUUGUGGACGCUGCCAAGGACGAGUACUACGACGCACCGACGAGGGAAGAACACGAAGGUGAUAAUUAUGAGGACGGUAAAAUAAUCAAUUCAGGCACGUUGGAUAACAUUUUUGCCGGCAAGUCAAACGGGCCUACGUCAGGUACUGUGAUUGAACACCCGAAGGGUUCGGCAAGUGUGCGUGGUUCUAAGGUGGGAAAGGCGCUGGGUGGUGCUGCCGAAUCGAACGGAGCCGAGGAAGUCGACGAAGAUGAUGAAGAGGAGGAGGAGGAGGAGGAAGAAGAAGAGGAGGAUGAAAAUGACAGUGAAGUGUCAUAUGGUGAGGAUGUACUUCCACCAAGCGAAGCGUUCGGCACGUUUGGCGAGCGCACUGGCGGUGGGUUGAAGGUGGAGGAAGCGCCAUACUUUCUGGUUGAGCCGCAAAAUACUUACGUGAUCCGGAGCAAGCCGGCCGUGCUGAAGUGUAAAGCGGCAAACACGUUGCAGAUACAUUUCAAGUGCAGCGGCAGCAUAAAACCACCCCCGUCGAUCGAAGAGUCGCACGUAGAUCCGCACAGCGGUGUGCACUUCCAGGAGGUAACGGCCACAAUCUCCCGCGACCUGGUGUACGAGUACUUCGGCAAGCUGCCGUUUAAAUGCGAAUGCCACGCCUGGUCUCCGCGCGGGAAAGCCGUCAGCCAGCCCGCCUCGAUUGUUGUUGCGUAUUUGAAGAAAAACUUCGACCUUAUGGACACUAGAAUACGUGCUGAAGCUGGAGAAAAGCUGGAAAUAAGGUGCAUGGCUCCCAAAGGUUAUCCAAAGCCUCAGAUAACGUGGUUGAAGAACAAUUUUACCGUCACCUCUAGUCCAUUAUUAACCUUCACGGCUGAAGGAAACAUUGUGAUAACUAGUCUGAAUCUCCAGGACAUAGGGAAUUAUACGUGUGUCGCAGAAAACAUUGCCGGCAAAAGGAUAUCGGAACCAAUAGAAUUGAUCGUUUAUGUUAAUGGAGGAUGGAGCCAAUGGAGCGCCUGGUUAGAAUGUCGCUGUCCGGGGAAACCAGCUCAAGGAAGGAAACGCACACGAACCUGCAGCGAUCCCAUCCCCCUGUAUGGUGGGGCGCCCUGCGUAGGUCCUAACCAACAGAAGACGGCCGAUUGCGUAACUUGCCCAGAAGAUACACAAAUAAUCACUCCGAAUGGAUUCGAAGAUAACGCCUUUGUACGCCGUUGGUCAUCAUGGUCUGCGUGGAGCGCGUGCUCAAACAAAUGCACGCAAUCAAGGAGACGAACCUGUCGAACACAAAACAUCGACUAUUACGAUAAAGCGCUAGUGAAACAUCAUCAACAGUUGGCAGCCCUGAUGGAGGAUCAUGACGAGCAGGAGAGCAGUGCCUAUGGCUGUCACGGCAAGGACGUUCAAACCAUCGUUUGCCGAGGUGGCGAAUGCAAAAUUGAUGAUACAGCUUCCGAUUGGAUAUUUUAUCUCGGGCUAGGGUUCAUUGUGACGCUCUGCUUAACGUUCCUGGUAUUUCUGCUGCACAUGCGACAUCGGCAAAAGCUGCCAACGUAUUCCAUUACCCGCACCACACCUGAUCAGCACACGUACACGCACGAGUUUCAAAAGAAGCUCACCCUCUCGUCCAACCCCCCGGACAUCAAUAUUCGUGUCAAUGGCUAUGAAUAUUCGAACGGCAGCACCAUGGAAGCCCCAAAGGUACCGAGCCAGAAUGUUCCGCUGCUUCUGACCAGAUCGACAUCCGAGCAUCACUACGACGAACCGCAGUUCAAUUCGAUGCAACCGAACCAGGCGCUGAACAAGGACGGUUCGGCAGGAGUGUACAAUCAACAAAAGCUGGCCGGAGUGAUUCUUCAGCAUCAUUACCAUCAGUAUCAUUCGCUCGAGCAGAGCCAUCUUCAGCGUCAAAUAGCGUCGUCACCCAUCGCUCAGUCGCAGAAGGGUCAGUAUCGCAGCUCCGAAUCCUUAUCAGGGACGUCCAACACAAACACAUCAAUCUCAACCUACGCCAUCGCAACGACGGACUCGUUGGAUACGUCCAGUUCGUCGGAGGCCAUGUACAAAUCGAACUCCGUCCGCCAGGUCGUCACCUCGGACGGGGGUUGGUUGGAAAUGGAGCAUCUGCAAACGUCACUCUCCAUUCCCGAGGGAGCCAUUCCGGCAGCGCUAAGAAUAAACGUUUUCCUGGCCGUCAUGUACGACUCCAAAGAUACGAUACUAGUCGAAAACCAGGUCACACACAUCAGCCCAACGAUUGUCUGUGGUCCGGCGAAGAGUAACUUCACCAAACCGCUCAUAAUCAAGGUGCCGCACUGCGCCGAGGAUAUUGGCAGCUGGAAGGUAUCGCUCUUCUACAAAGAGGAAGUAACGAACUGCUGGAAAAAGAUUGCAUCAUCGGAAAAUGAUGUGCCCAGCCCGCAAGCCUACAUUCAGCUAGACCAGCACAACGCGUACAUCAUGACCCGCAAGCUCGGCAAGUAUCUGCUCGGUGGAGAGAGCCUAACGCCCGAAGUGAAUGUCACCAAGCGGCUGAAGAUUGUCAUGUUCGGUCCGGCUCGGAAACCGGAAGCAGACUUCAACAUACGCGCCUACGUGCUGGAGGACUAUCCGAGUGCUCUCGAGCACUGUAGUGGGAUAGAAACGCGACUGGGCUACUUCCAGAUCGGGCAAAGCUCGCCGUUCCACUUCGCCAACAACAAAGAGGCGAUGACACUGCGGAUCAACUGUUCCGGCGGCUGGACGACGGCAGCGGAAUGUGCUGUGCAGAAGAUUCCCUUCAACCACAUCUGGAAGAACAUGUCCAUCUUGAACUGUGAGUUCUUGCUGCACAAACUGACCGAUGAGAUGCCUUGUUUACGAUUGGAGCUGGCUGUCGAGCAGGACAACGGUGCCAAAGUGCUGAUCACGUCAGUGGCGUUCUCGUGAUAGUACAUAGCGCGGGCUCUACAGAAACUGACGACCUUAUAAGGGGGUGUUUGCGCGACAUAUGUAAGCUGUAGUGCAGCUAGUAAUAACUACUACAUUAUGAUUUAAAUUUACAGUGCUACACAGCUAUUCGCGUACGUUAGAGAUAGUCGCAAGGCGAGAACGAAAAACAACACCGAGGCCAUUACAUAGUGCAACACAUAAGUCAUCCCUAGUACUAGAACUUAUCACUCAUAUACACCAGUAGCACAUCUUCACAAGUUGUUGAAUAAACCAUAUAGUGUUUUCAGUUGUAGCGUUUGUUCGAAAACAGUAAAGGGAAGAAUAGUUUUCACGAAUCGAGUAACAACAUAGUUUAUGAAGUAGGAACAAAAUGCCAAAAAUAAAAAAAUAAAAAGUUUGGAACGACACACGACAUAUAUUUUCGUAUUGUAGUCGUUCGUAACUUACACGGUCAUCUGUGUGGGUCAGCAGCACCAGCUGUGCAUUAAUUGAGUUGUACAUAAUAAAAUAAACGUUGUAUCGACUAGCGACGAUAUAGGUUAAGAUUCUGUUUCCCACGGAUGUCCUCGUUUCCGUAGCUCUAUUGAUAAAGACUGAUUGUGAGGAACAAUAAAAAGUUGAUAUA